GAUGUUGCUCAUGGAACGGGCCGGGCCUACAUGUCCUCCCUUCUCCUGCCUUUGUCCUCUCUUCUUUUUCAGUCGUCGAGUUGGAUUCAUCAUCACCACCAUCAUCUCCUCCAUUUACUGAAUUUCUUCCCGCUUAGGAUCACCAAAGUGGCUUCUCGGCCGCAUCGUAACGUGAGAGAUUCUCUCUCACUUUCACACGCCGAGCAAGUGAUAAAGGAGACAUCUCCCCCCAGUCAUCACUCAUCACAAUGCCUAAGUCAAUUGCGACUUUUGAGUCCUCCUCUUGGGUCCCAACCUCGGCAUGCCUUCCUUCUUUGUUGAAACUUUGCAUCAUUGGAAUCAUAACACACACACCUCCAUUGCUGCCCUUUUACAUACCCAACAAAUCAACUCAAUCUUGAUCCGCUGAUUCAACUCCUCCACUUUCUUCUUUUAGCUUAUGCGUUAAUGGGAUCCAGCAUGAGCUGGGAUUUCUUCAUCUCCUUGGUUUUCACCUUACUUUUCUGUUCUUUUGCGCGCAGCUCGGAGGAUUCCGCCACGCAAUCGUUGAACUCUUUUGUUCAAGAAUAUGCUUACAGAACGGUGCUCAAGCACCGCCCUCAUACGGGUGCUCUCUACGAUGCUAUGCUUCCACAGAAUCUGUCAGGCAUGGAUGUUUCAGUGGUUCGUCUUCGGAGCCGAAGACUCUGGAAGAGAGGCGCUAAUUUCAGCUAUUUUCGAAUCCCUCCAAGAACCAUCACCAUCCCCUACGUCAGAAGAUUGGCCAUCGUGUGUCAGAACUUGGGCAAUUGGUCUUCCCGUUACUACACUUUGCCAGGUUACUCGCUCGUCACUUCAGUUGUAGGUUUCAUGGCUUUUGAUGCCUCUAAUGUGUCAGAUUUCCGCAUCAGAAAUCUGACUCUUAGCACCACGGGGCAACCUAUAUCUGUUCAGUUCCCGAAUAAUGCGUUCAUGGGUGGCGUGAAGUCGAAGGCAAGAUGUGUAGCUUUCAGUGCGAAUGGAACAUUUUAUCUGAGUGAGAUGAUGUCCCAGAACGUGUGUCACUCCAGAGAAGAAGGUCACUUCUCGAUUGUCGUUCCCUUGGAGAAGAAGCGACGACGAUGGUACGUGUGGAUGAUUGGUUCUGUGGUGGGAUUCAUGGUUUUGAUUUCCGUGACUUAUUAUGUGGGGGUUUCAUCGAUGAGGCUUCUGAAGGCCAAGAAGAUUAGGGUCAUGGAAAGACAAGCCGAUGAAGAUUUGGUUCUUCAGAGUAGGUGGGUUGGCACUAGUAAAAUGCCCUCAGCGUCUGUGACUAGAACUCAACCAGUUCUUGAAUGCAAUUUUCCAUAGUUUUUCACGUUUUCCCGUCAGAGAGCUGAUAUUUUUUCUUCUUCUUGUAAUGUAACUGCCAUAACUUGGUUUGCCUUGCCAUUCCGGGAAAUCAAGAAUACGCUCUGUAUUUUGACCUAAAUGAACAAAUGAUUAAUAGCAAGAA